AUGGAACUAAAAGAUAUCACGAACUUUAUUAGUAGAUAUAAAUAUUUAAACCGUCUUCUCUUUAUUCAUAUUCUUCUAGGUGCUCUUUCACUUAUACGGUACUGUCUAACACCAAAUGCUAGUAAUCGUGCUACAACGAAGGAUAUUCUUCGCCAUGAAUGGCUAGCUCAUGGGCCUACUCUGUCGAUUCGACUCAACUCGCCGAUGAAAACAACGGGCGUAUCAACUGUAUCGCUUCCUACGGAUAAUUACAAACCAGCGAAUAAUGAUUAUGAAAAAGUUCAUCUUCGAUCGUCUUCACCAACUAAAAAACAUGAUCGAUCGGUAUCACCAACAAACUCUCUUGUCGAACUCGAACUACACACCAGUUCGUUUUUUGACACUGCAAAAUUGCGUAACAAUCACAAUAAUAAUAAUCAUGGCUCAUCCGUCGCUAAAGAUCAACAACGACGAAAUCGAGCUUCAGCGAUACCGGAAUCCACUCGUUACUAUCAAUCGAACAACACAAAACCGACUCCUUCGUCAACAUCCGCCUGUUCGCCAUACCGAAGACCAUUAAGUUUAUCACUGGAUGAUAAUCAUUCCAAGAGCCCUAUAGAUUACCAUUUUGCUUCGACUAGUGAAAAACCGUCUCAAGUAACAGCAGCAGUAACACUGGCACAGCCACAACCACAGCCACCACCACCACCUCCAACUUCAUCGUCUCAAGCCUAUCCUCGUCGGUCACGACGAACUGUAUCUCCUUCGACAACAACAACACUAUCAAAACACAUUAAUAAUGAUCGACUUAAUUCUCCACAAGCAACUCAACGUUAUUCAGUAGUUAGAUCACCUGAAACAACAAAAAGACAAACGUCUCCAGUAACUCCUUCACGUUAUCUCGUUUCCUAUGAUUUUGAUACAACAUUACGUGACCUAAAACGUAAACCUAUAUACAAAUACACUCCACCAGCUGCACCCAUUUCCACAACAGAUUUAAAUGUUGUUCCAAGCAUUGCCAACUCGACAACAUCAGCAGCUCCAUCUGUAUUUACAACAUCAGCUAGAUUUGCUCCACCGCCCGUCCGACGACGAAGUCCAUACAAAGAUUCUGAUCCUACUAACUCCAAUAAUUCGUCGAUAAAUCCAUCACGACUAGGACAUAAUUCGACAACUAAUUCAAUUUCUAAUCUUGAUGAUAGUAUUACUAAUGCCUCUAGCUCUACUAAUCCAAAUCAUCGUCGAUCAUUAUUAACAUCCCUAGAGUCACCGCCACCCUCAACCGCCAUCCAUAACUCACGUAAAAGUCGGUUAUUAGAUGAUAAUAAUAAUUUCAUAUCAUUGAAGGUGCAUGAAUAA